GGAGCCGCAGCUUCUGCGAGCGGGAUCCGCGGAGGAAGCGGCGAGGACCAGGGACGCUGCCCAGCUGCAGGCGGGCCAGCCCCAGCCCCGGCAUCCCCUCGGCUUCCUCCGCCGUGCCUUGCCGCUGCCGGGGAGCCCGAGCCUCCUCCGCGUUCCUCCUGCGGGGCCCGCCCGCCGCCGCCGCCCGCCUGCCUCCUGCUGCAGCCCGGGCAUGUCGUGAUGUGAUCGGCGGCGCGUCCCUGGGGGCCCAUCCCCGCCGGGAGCCGGAGCAAGACGGAGAGGGCGGUGGAGCAGCGGGCCAAGGGCCGCGCCCCCAUGAAGGAGAAGGAGGCGGGGGCGGCCGGGGAGCGGGGCAAGCCGGCCACCUACACCGGGGACAAGAAGGCGCGCAUGGCGGCCAAGACCAACAAGAAGUGGGUGCGCCUGGCCACCGUGCUGGCCUACGUCCUCUCCGUCUCGCUGGCCGCCAUCGUCCUGGCCGUCUACUACAGCCUCAUCUGGCAGCCAGUGCGGGGCGGCAGCCAGCCGCACGCCCAGCCGCAGCCCCCCGGAGCAGCCACCCCCGGCCCCGGCCCCACGGCGCCUCCGCUCAGCCCCGAGCGGCCGACGGGGCCGGAAGAGGGAGCCAGCCCGGCGGCCACGAGGAAGCCCCUCACAGUCGCGCAGUAGCGACUCGAACCGGCCCAGGAGGCCGGAGGCAAAGUCCAGCCCUGCGACCCCACCCCGAGGUGCACCGGAGCCACUGAUCGGGGAGAAGGAGGGAGAGCCGGCCAGGACCCCGGCUGCCCUUGCCUCGUCUGGCUUCCUUGGACGCAGACCUCCGCGCUGGAGUGUGGAACGCAAGGAGACUUGAGUUGAGACGCUUUUCUUCCUGUCCUGGCCAUUGGCUUCCCCCGCUGUGGGACUCCAGCAGGGAAACAAACUGUAAUAAUUUUAGUUUCUACAAAUGUGCUUUAUUAAUCAGUAAAUUAUUAUGGGGAGGGGGAGCCACGUGGAAUGGAGCUCAGGUAUGUCAGCCUAGCUGAAAUGUACCCAGAUGCAUUUCCUUUGUAUUCUUGUGUAUAGAUUCUUUGUAUACAGAUACACUUAGUUAAAGCUUAGAGAGAAGCUAUAUAAUCUAUAUUCUGUACACACACAAAGACACACACAGAAUGCUGAAUGAUGUUUAAAGGGCUAUUGGGGAAACCUUGCUUUGAAAGUGACAGCUAACCUGGAGCAGAAAGCUCUAGGGGGUAGGGCUGAUUUGUCCCUCGGCUUUAUUAUUCCGUGCUUAGCAUAUAUUUUGUUAAACACCAAUUUCUAUAUUUUAAACAGAAAUGUUAGAUUUCAUUUUCUGCUUAAACAGAAAUGUGUUCAUGAGAUUUUACUAUGCUCAUUGUACACUCCGGCUUUAUGGCUGUGCUUCAUUAGAGGGUUAACAUUUGGAGAAUUCCUGUCUUGUCUAACAACAUGCCUGAUUCUACACUCAUUUAAUUGCUUCCCUUCUGUUUCCACUGUAUGUUGCUGUCCCCAGUUUGUAUUGAUUUCAUCCUUCGCAGUGCAAAUGGGAUUUUCAUAAGAGAGUAUGGAAGCAGCAAGCCUUUGAUCUGUGCCUGGGAGCCCCAGAACUACCCUCCUGCCUCUUUCAUGCUUGUUCCUUAUGUAUCCUUGGAACUACUGCUAGAGCAUCCAGAAAUAAGGAAAUUGAACUGACCUGAAGAACCAGCUACCAAGGGCAGACUUUCCUCUGUUUGGUACCUCUAGAAGUAGUUCCAGCUUUAGGCCAGUGCUCAGACCGCGACCCCUCCAAUAUACUCACCUUCUGUUGUCCAGUUUAUUAAGAAAGGCCUGUGGCUGACUUUAGUUUCCAUAGCACUACAUCUAGCUUGUUCUCUUAAAUGUCCAUAACAAGCCUAGUCUUUUCUUUUUGCCUGGUCUGUUUCUAAUUAAAAUACGUUGCUGUAUGUAUUGCCAACUAGGCAAUUCAUGCAUCCUCCCCCCCCCCCACCCCCAAGCAUGCAGUUCACGGUGUCUAGUUGUCCAGAUCAGUUUAAGAGAAGUCUGACCAUUUUAAUGAGAGUGAAAUCCUGGCUUUUUAGAAAGGGUUGCUUCAUACGGUGCAAUUUUUUUUCAGGGAGUUAAGUCCUCAUGUAGGAAAAAAAAAUAUGUACACUGAGUUUUGGGGCCCACUAACAAAUACAUCAUGGGAUGUGUUUUUGUGAGCCAGAGUCAUCAGAUGUGUGAGCGAAAGCUUGUGCUACAAUAUGCUUGUUAGUUUUCAAGGUGCUGCAAGGUUCUCUGUUGUUUCUGCUGCAACAGACUAACAUGGCUACCCCUACGGAGCACAUGUCCUGUGAUUGCUGAAAUGCUGUGCAGACUGCUGGAGAUCAGGCAAGCACGGGUGAACAUCAGCUACCUGUUCUGUGUACUUGCAGCAUUAAAAAAAACCAACACCUAGCACUGUGGGUCAGCACUUCAGGGUAACUUACUUUUUUCCUUCAAGGAGACUGAUUUCUUGAUAGGGUUUCUGAUGUAUAUAAGUCAACUGUACAGCAGUAGAUGGGAGUUUGGAAUCUGAUCCCCUGUGAGCACCGGCAGCAGUUAGGUGCCCUGUUAAACCACAGAAAUAGUCUGGUAUGUCAGAGAUGGUCAGUGGCCACUGUUUCCCCUUGCCUCUUUUGAAGUAAGCAAGUUUCAGGCAGUUUCUUCUGUCUGACGGAAGCCAGGAGCUGAAGUGACAAACUAUAUAUUUUUUCCAAAUGAAGGCGCUGGUGGGCAGGAUGUGGAGGUAGUCCAGGGGCUUUUGAGGGGAAAGCGCACUCCCACAAUGUGGAGAGUAGCAGCCCUGACAUGUUUUAGAGAAAUACAUUAAAAAACACAAACCCUCUGUUUUAUUAAUUCAAUUACAUAGUAAAUUAUAUGCCCUUGGGGGGAUUUCCAGUAUAUUUUUUUUAUAUGUUAUAUGGUUAAAACUGCUAGUUGGACAUUAUAGUCUGAAUGGUCAAAUGCUCAGAAAGAACAAAAUAAAAAUGUUGGCAAAAUUGUUUUCAUGUUGGGCUGACAAGCCACUAGCCCUCUGUAUGAUUGUCACUGAACGUCAGACUUCAAUAGUUUUAAAUUUAAAAUUGUAAACAUGCUCUAAUGUUGUCUAUAUCUAAUUCAGCCAUGUAAGCUAUGUCUGUAUUCAGAAGUUCUGUAUAUUUUUAAAAAAAAUAUUUUUAAGGAUAAAAAAUACAUUGAGAGA